AUGCAGGAAGAGAAAGAAAAGAGGCUGGAGGAAAUGUUUGAGUCGGACCUUGACAAUGCAAUAGAAAACAGGUAUGCACCCAAGGAAGAACUCCCAGAAGAGGGAGCAGUGGCCUUAGCUGGGAAGAAAACUCAAGAAACCCUUACAGCAACUGAUUUGAUUAUUGAAGCUCUAGACAUAUCAGAAGAAGAAUUGGAUCGUAUUGCUCAGCAUGAGGAAGAGAAAACCAGGGGAAAUGUUGCUGAGUUUAAACCAGAUAUAAGAAUGCUUGGGCUCUCUCCCUCAGAUUAUGUUCUCCGUACGCUCUCAAAUGUUAACACUAAUGAUCUGGAGCAGACCUUGCUGGCGUUACCAUUUGCAGAUGCUCUGAAGCUUCUGUCUUACUUGAAGGAUUGGGCUUCUAAUCCUGAUAAGGUUGAGCUUGUUUGCAGGGUUGCUACGGUGCUAUUGCAAAUACAUCAUAAUCAGUUAAUUACUACCCCAGCAGCCAGACCUGUGUUGACUGCUCUGAAAGACUUCCUAUAUGCAAGAGUCAAGGAACGGAAAGAUACUAUUGGUUUUAAUCUUGCUGCAAUGGAUCAUCUCAAGCAAUUGAUGGCUUUGAGGUCAGACGCACUCUUCCAAGAUGCAAAGGUGAAGUUACAAGAAAUCCGAUCAUAUCAAUCAAAACGUUUAGAAGCAAGGGCAGACACAAAAGCCGAAAAACGAAAAAAGAAAAAACAGAAAAAGUCAAGUGAAAUACAUGCUUGGACAUGAUGCUGAGAAGUAAAAUUUCGAAGGAAUAGAAUACUUACUGCUGCACAAGUUGAACAUACAUGAUAAACUGCAUUGGUUGGCUCAAGAAAAAGGGAGUCGGAAGAGCAUGUCUAAUUUAUGGCAAUUGAUUAUUUUCUUGUAGCUCAAAGCAUGUAGAAUGAGGGCUUUGCCUUUCUAAAGUUUUGUU